GCUCACGAUCCUGAAACCUAUCCACAAUCACUAGCUCGCUCUGAUCCAAUCCAAUAUCGCCGGUUAGCCGUCGACGCCGCCGUCUAUGUCCAGACUGAUGACCGCCAUGCUGCUCGGGGGUGCGCGCGUCGCCGGCGCCGCCAAGCUCGCCGGCAGCGCUGCCGUUAAGCAGGCUGCCGUCCCCACGCCGGCGUGCUUCCUUCCUCCCCGCCCGCCGCAGCCGGCGAGCUGGAGCCGACUCUGCUUGCAGACUGCGCCAAGAUCGUCUCAGGCGUACAACAACGCGCCGGACGACCGGAGGGACAUCAAGGACAAGUACAAGGACGCGGCGGCGGAGGCGAAGGACGCCACCGGCGAUGCCAAGGAGCAUGUGAAGGGGAUGGCCGGGGAGGCCAAGGACAGGGCCCAGGACAAGGCCGGCCGCGUGGCCGACCAGGCUUCGGACAUGGCGGGAAGAGCCAAGGACCAGACCAAGGGCAUGGCGGAGGACGCCGCGGACGGCGCGUCCCGGGUGGCGAACAGGACGAAGCACGAGACGAAGGACGCGGCGCGGGAGGCCGCGGGCACGGCGGCGCACGUGAAGGACCGGGCCAAGGAGAUGGGGCACGAGGCGGCGGACCGGGCGCAGGAGGCGGCGCGGGCUGCCAAGGACCGGACGGGGGACGCGGCGGAGCGGGCCAUGGACAGGGCCGGCGAGGCCAAGGACCGCGCCGUGGAGGGGACCAAGUCGGCCGGGGAGAAGGUGGUGGAGAUGACCAAGGAUGGCGCGAGCAAGGUGGCGGAGACGGCGCAGGCGAUCAGCGAGAAGGCGAAGCAGGCGGCGCGGGGCACCUGGGACGCGGCCAAGGAGACCGCGCAGAGCGUGAAGGACAGCGUAGUCCCCGACGCGGCGGACGUGGACGCCGCCGUGAAGGAGCGGGACCGGAUCGCCAGGGAGAUGGACAGGGUGGAGCAGGAGCGGAACAAGAGGGAGGCUAGGGAGAAGGGCUCAGGCUUGCCGUAGAUGAAGUAGCUUCACGCUUGCCAGCAAGCCUUCCUCUUGAGCUGAAUUUCACUUUGUCGCUAGUUGAAUAAUGUUUUGGCAAAACGUCAUGCACGUCAUGUACCGAUUUCGUUGCCUCGUGUUGGAUCAACACGUCGAAGCUCUGUAAUGUGCAAGGAACUGUGAUGGUCUGCUAGCAUCGGACCUGUUUAUCAAAAAGCAAGGAUCUAUGUUAGUUUCUUUUUGGAUUUUCUUAAGCAUGGAUCUGAACAACCUGAACUACACGUGCUUG